UCCUUUUUCCAUUUGCAUCUCAGUACAGAGGAAAAGACGAGGCUGUUAAAGCGGUUGUAAUUAGGUGAAAUGAUCCGCCGUGGACGUGGAGGAAGAUGCUGUUGAAAACCCACUGCAGCUCCGUGGACAGUGUCGCGGAAGGAAACAAGAGAAUUCAACUGUUUUUUGGAUUUUACAGCCAAAGUUUGACGCAGUUCUUACCCGGACACCAGGAAUAGGAUGUAGUGUCAUCGUGGAAGUAUUUCCCAGGGAAAAAGAAGCAGCUCAUCAUUGUGGAUCAGAGAGAAUGUGAAAGUUGGACAUUUUACUGCAACUUGUCCACGAGAGUCCAGGUCCAGAUGUCCCCGUGGAUGUGGACACACGACUAUUAAAGCACAUUCACACCCACAAGACUCACUUUGACCAACUUGAUCGUCUGUUUUCUCCUUUUUCUCGCCUGUAAAGCGGUGAAAGUGCAUGUAAAGACUCAUCGUGGAGACAAAAUCAAUGAGUUUAAUGUAUAAAUAAACAGGAGUUGCAGAUAAAACAUGCUCUGUAAGUAGUUUGGAAACUCAUAAGAGGAGCCCAAUGAGCGGCACACAGUCAACACUCUCUGACAGGACACCGAACAUUCUCAACAAGGACCCGACAGACAAGAAGCCUAAGAAUGACAAGUCCCCCGUGUCCCUCAAACAUGACUUCGACCCCACAGGUCUCGUCCAGCGCUGUGUCAUAAUCCAGCGAGAUGAGAAUGGGUUUGGUUUGACAGUGAGUGGAGACAACCCAGUGUUUGUGCAGCUGGUCAAAGAAGAUGGCGCUGCCAUGCGAGCUGGUGUGCAGACGGGGGAUCGGAUCAUUAAGGUUAAUGGAACCUUAGUUACACAUUCGAACCACAUCGAGGUCGUGAAGCUGAUUAAAUCGGGUUCCUAUGUAGCUCUCACGGUUUUGGGGAGGCCUCCGGGGCUUCCUCAGAUCCCCCUGGAAGAAGAUGACGACGACAAGGAGGAGGAGCAUGAGGAGGAAGGCGGAGACGUCGGCCAGCUGUGUUCGCCCUCAGCGCCGCACUCACCUGCACAGACGGGUGUGGAACAGAGCAGCUCCACAGCGUUUGAUGGGGACGAUAACAAAAGUGUCAACAGCCAGAAGCUGGACUCCCUGCAGAAGAUGUUAACCAAGGAGCAACAGGAGCUGCAGACAAAGGAGGAAGAGUACGACAGAAACCCAAGACCUAAACUACUGAAGGAGAUCCAGGAGGCAAAGAAGAACAUUUCACGGCUGCAGGAACAGCUCAGUAAAGCAGCGCAACAGGAUGGAUCCACAAACCGGGAGCUUGAGGAGGGAGAACAGUCUCCGUCCUCACGGGGUGACAGCGGCGUUGAUGGGCCGUGGACCAACAGCAAUUCAAUCCUCCCAGACAGUCCUGGCAGAAGAGAGACGUCCUGUCAGAGUCCGACCACGAGCCACAAAGACGACCUCAACAUCUGUCCAUCACCUGAUGCAGACGAUGCUCCGGACAAUGACUCAAAGGUCCAGUGUUGUGUGAACAGUCCUCCGUACCACCUCAACCCCCAGAUCAUCGGCGCUGAAGAUGACUACUUUGACUCUCAGCAAGAACAGAUUAAUGGACAGUGCAGCUGUUUCCAGAGUAUAGAACUGUUGAAAUGUCGUCCAGCACACCUCGCCGUUUUCCUCCAUCAUGUCGUCUCCCAGUUUGACCCCGCUCCUCUGCUGUGUUACCUUUACGCCGACUUACAUAAACAAACCAGCUCCAAAGAGAGCCGACGUUUCUUCAUAGAAUUCCACUCCCUCUUCAUGGAUCGAACGGCAAAUCUUAAAGUAGCGGUGCCUGAGACGUUAUCAGCCGAACUGGAGAAACGGAGGCUGGAGUUAAUCCCAGAGGAGCUGUGUAAACAGUACACACAGCUGUUACAGGACACACUCCUGCCAGACCUGCACAAGAACCUGGAGGACUUCAGACACAAGCGCAGCAUGGGUCUGACUCUGGCCGAGGACGAACUGUCAAAACUGGACUCAGAUCAGGGAAAAGACCAGCAGGCAUUAGAGAAGGAGUGUUCCUGCGCUGAACACAUCCUCUCCAAGAUCGAGGACAUCCUGUUGACGUCCCAGCCCACAGAGGAGGAGAAGUGCACAACGAUGCAAUAUGUGAUUCUAACCUACAUGAAGCAUCUCGGGGUCAAAGUGAAGGAGCCUCGUGGCCUCGAACAGAAACGAGCACGAAUCAACUUCCUGCCCAAGAUUAAGAAAAGUAUCAAACCUGAGAAGGAGGGUGAGGAGAAGGUGAAAAAGCCUCGGUUUCCCAACAUCCUCGGUCCUCCACGGCGCCUGAGCAGAGUGGAUUCCACAUCAGUGGGUAAAGCCGUGGAGAUGAACAAGCAGCGGUCUCCAAAGCAGCUUCCUCAGCCAACCUUCACCAUCCCCGAGCAGCCCGACUCCUCCUCCUCCUCCUCUGCCUCCAGCUCCGGACGAACCCGAGGAAAUCUGCCCAGUGAAGGGUCGGACUCGGGCCUACAUUUGUCACUGUCCACCACCUCCCCCACUCACAGCUCCCCGACCGGUGUGGCCUCAGACACCAGUGGACACGACUCUGACUCCAAUUUAUCUCCGUUCUCCCUCCAGCUCCGCUCUGGUGAGGGUCUACAGUCAUCAGACCAUCAGGAAGGACUCUCCACCCCGACCAGCACCCAGUUUGACUUCAGCCCCACCAACCUGGAGCAGCUCCAGGAGGAGGACCAGGACGCCUUCAGUCGUCGAAUGGAGGCUCAGUGUGCGGUGAGUUCGGCCGACGUCCUGAGUGAAGACGAUCAGGGAGCAGAGGUGGAGUGUGAGGAAGACCCUCUGAACUGGCAGAGUGUGGUCAGUCCAGACAUCCUAUCCAGUUUACAGCCACAGGAGAUUAAAAGACAAGAAGUCAUCAACGAGCUGUUCUACACUGAACGCACCCACCUGCGGAGGCUGAAGGUGUUGGACUGUGUUUUCUACCAGAGGCUGAACAAAGACGGCAUCCUCCCACCAGAGGACAUCAAACACAUCUUCAGCAACCUGGAGGAGAUUAUUCAGCUGCAUGUUUCUGUUACAGAGCAGAUGACAGCCAUUCGAAAGAGGAGUGAGACGUCAGUGAUUGGUCAGAUUGGAGAUGAUCUGCUGGGAUGGUUCAGUGGCGAUGAAGAGGAGAAGAUCAGGAGGGCGGUGGCGACUUUCUGCAGUAACCAACCAUCAGCUCUGGAGCUCAUCAAGACCAAAAAGAAGAAAGACCAGAGGUUCGCCUUGUUCAUGCAGGAAGCUGAAAGCAACCGUCUGUGUCGGAGGCUGCAGCUUAAAGACAUCAUUCCAGUAGAAAUGCAGAGAGUCACAAAGUACCCGCUCCUGUUGGAUAACAUCGCCAAAUACACAGAGGAUGGUGAGGAAAGGAAAAAGGUAAAGAAAGCUGCAGAAUGCUGUAAAAAGAUCCUAAACCACGUUAACCAGGCCGUCAAAGAGGCUGAAAACAAACAGAGGUUAGAGGAUUAUCAGAGGAGGUUAGACCUGUCGUCACUCAAACAGAAUGAAAACCCUGUGGUCCUGGAACUGAAGAAUCUGGACCUGACUAAGAGAAAGAUGGUACAUGAGGGACCUCUGUCCUGGAAAAUCAUGAAAGACAAGAGGAUUGACAUGUACACCAUCCUCCUGGAGGACAUUAUGGUUUUACUCCAAAAGCAGGAUGAACGUCUGGUCCUUAAGUUUCAUGGCAAGAAUCUGGCCAGCACCGCUGACGCCAAGCAGAUCUUCAGCCCCGUCAUCAAACUCAGCACAGUCCUGGUUCGACCAGUGGCAACAAACCACAGGUCGUUCUUCGUCCUGUCCAUGUCAGACAACGUGGCUCAGAUUUAUGAACUGACAGCUCAGACCAUCUCUGACCAGAGAACGUGGCAGCGUCUGAUCACACAGUGUGCCGAUGCCAUGAAGGCCAAGCUUCAUAACAGAGAUGCAGCUGCAGCUCGGUCUGAUGAUGAACGGGAAGCCAAUGAGAUCAUCAACCAUGGGAUGUCGAAGUCGAGCAAAGAUCCGAACGACACAUCAGCUGGAAGUUCAGAUGUCUUUUUUCCAGAUGCUCAAGCUCCAGCGAACACAAACCCCUUUGAUGGCAUGAAAUCAGAGGAUGAAGAAGAGGAGUUGGCUCUGGCAGACAGGCAGGAGGAAGAGGAGGAGGACGGAGAAGUGGAUGAAGCCGAGCUCGAAGCCUUCCUAGAUGGGCAGCUGGCAGACAGACUGCAGGAAGAGUCACAGCAGGAAAACCAACAGCAAAACUCUCUGAGCAUACCUUCAUCCAAAGCCGAAGAGGCUCUGAGGACCUUGGCGAUGCUGAAGCAGGUCGUGUUUGACCACAUGAUCAGCAGAGACGGCGAGGAGGAAAAAGACACGGAAACAGAGGAGACUAAACAGAGUGAGGCCUCUGGGUGUCAGAUGAACACCUCCUUACCAGAGGGUCCUGACCAGGCGGCGACGGCAUGGGACGAAAGCAGAGUGUCUGCAAAUUCACCGCAAGAAGAUCCUCAGGUCCUUCCUGCUGAAAGAAACGGUGGUUUUGUGGUUCUGGAUUUCGGAGGAGGCUUUGAGGAGAGCAGCACUGACGAUGACCUCGGAGCAGGAGGAGACGUGGGGAUCGACAUGAGGAAACUGUUGUCGUCAUCGUCGCAGAGGGGCGGUGGCGGCCCCAACCUCAGUCGGCAGGUCAUGACCCACCUGCGCCUCCUCCAGGCCGACCUGCAGUAUCUAAAGGAGGUGGAGAUGAAAUACAAGGAGCUGAGACAAACACUCGGUGAUACAACUACUGACUCUGAUGACAACAAUGAUGGGAUCCAGUGAGUUGAUCUUUGCGCUUCUCAUGGACGUGUUUGUCGACUUUCAUGUUACUUUUUUCACAUCGUCUGGACUGAUCCUUAACCACUGAACACUGGUGUUGUCGAAUAACUUCAAACUCUUAUCAAAGUCGUGUCUGUUCUACCGUUAACUCACAAUGCUCCCACCAGCAAAGGGAGAACGAAGUGAAGCGCAUGAACCCACACAAGGACAGUUCAGUCGCUGCGUGAAGCGUCUUAAACACUGGAGAUAAGAAGCAGUCGGUCAGAGAAGAAAGGGAAAUGGACAGAUCACAUUCUCUGAGGAUCACAGGAGGUUACGUUCAGGAGGCAGCACAGUACGUCAUGUCAGUACCUGAAUAUGGACACUGUUAUCUGGUAAAAACCUCCAUAAAUACAAAGACUUGAUGUUUGAAAACUACAAACAGGAUAUCAGACACUUAGAUUGAAUGGUUCUUUCAACAUUUACAGGAUGGAUUUUAUCCAAAUUCAAGACUUUUUGGAUAAACCAUCUUUUUUUUUUUUUUUAAUAAAUAGGCAAAUAUAAAUGUAUGUAGUAUAUAUGCAUUUCCACACAGAGGUAGAUUAUAUGUAGGAAAAUGAGUAUUAGACUGAGUUACAUUUGCCAAGUUUAAGUGUAAAGAUGAAAAAAAAACUGUAUUAUGUAACAUCUGACACUUUAACACACACAGAGUUUGACUCACUUCAACAAAAAUGAAUAAAAAUAUUUGCAGGAAUUAUUACCUCAUAUUUCAAUUUUAACACUAUUUAAUGACUUCUAGAGCCUAAUAUUAACUGAAGACAUUUGAAGGACAUAUCUGCUGUAACAUCUGAUGCCUUCACCUCUAAGUGUCUCCAAACAGGUUUUAUAGUUUUUCCUGAUUAGAUAGAAUCUUUCAAACUAUUGGUGACAAGACUCAACACACUGACAACAAAACCUCACACUGAACCAUCAGGACAUUGAAUAUCUCUUAAAAUCUUCUUUCAUCAGUACAUCAGUAAACACAUGAAACACCAACUACACACUGACAGAAAAAAUUAAAAACAAAGAUAAAUCUUCUUUUUCCCAGUUUGAAGGUGCAAUUUUAGCCAGGAUCUGCUGAGACUAUUUGUGUUUAGUAUCAAAUUACAGUUUUUCCAGGAAAUUGUUCAGAAAUUAGAUGAGAAUUAUUUAAAAUAUAGAAGCAACUGGAUAAAGAUUGUGCAAAAAGUAAAAGUAUAAAGUUAGAUACGCAAAUGUAAGAAGUCUCUGCAAAUUGCAUGAAGCAUAAUCUCACUAAGUCACUUUACAAAACACAGUCCAGAAUGACAGCCUCUGACAAAUAUGGCACAUGAGUUUUUUCUUUGUCAGUUCUGUUCUUAGUUAAUGUGACGCUGUUAUUGUAGUAGAUUUUAAAGGUCCGGUUUGGCAGAUUUAGGAGCAUCAGACUGCAAAAACAGAAUGUAAUAUUCAUAAUCGUGUUUUAUUAGCGGUAGUCACAUGAAAAUGAGAAUCCUUAUGUUUUCAGAUGAGUCAUUUAUAUCCACAAAAGGAACAGAACAGACAUUCUUUUCUUCUUUUUCUUCUUCUUUGUUUUAUAUCAGUAAAAUCCAUCAAUAAUGUACCUAAAAGCUUAAGAUUUUUCAAUGGGACUUGGUUUUUCUAUUUGUCAAAUGACUGGGAUGAGAGGAAUAAUAGGGAGUGAGGAUCAUAGUAAGUUGGUUUUUACCCAGAAAACCAGAAGAACACCACAUUGCCUAUAUGCCUAUAUUAUAGUAACCCACUUAAAAGAAACA